AUGAUUCCCAAAGCACCAUGGCUACUUUGCUGCAACCCCUCCUUAAGGCUCAUCCCAAAGUUUCAAUUUUUCCUCUCCAAAGGUGCUUCUAAAUCUGACAUUGUUAACCUUGUCAGUAAGCACCCUAUGGUCCUAUCUCCAAGCUUGGAGAAUCAUAUAAUCCCAACCUAUGAAUUGUUUUAUAGAUUUGUGCAAUCAGACAAGGACAUUAUUGCUGGUGUAGUUCAUAAUCCAUCUUUACUUAGUGACCAUCUUGUGUCACAAAACAUCACAAUGCUGAUUAAUAAUGGAGUUACAGAUUCAAGCAUUGCAAGAUUGUUUCGGACGCCAUCUCGAUCAUUGAAUACCAAUAAACGUUUGAUGAUGAAGUUAGUGGAGGAAAUGAAGGAUUUGGGUUUAAUCCUUCAAAAACAACCUUUGAUGGGUUGGGAUGUGCUUGCAUUUGCAAAAGGACCAUCAACUUUUUCAAUUAGUUUGGAAAAAAGGAUCAUUCCAAGGGCCUCGGUUGUGCAAUUUCUGCUGAAGAAAGGUUUGCGAAAAAAGGAUGCAAGCUUAACUUAUCCAUUUAAACUGUAUGAUAAGAUGUUUCUUGAUAGGUUUAUAAUGCGUUUUAAGGAGCAGUCAUCUUAUCUAUUAAAGCUUUAUGAAGAAAAACUGACUCUUGCACACACCAGGGAGGGCAAAACUGACAUGUCAUGA